GUGAAAUUGCAGAGAGCCGUAUAGCUGUCUUCAGAGAUGAGGAGGUUUCUGGAGGACUCAAGGAGAGACAGAUGUACCUUUCUUUUUAAGAUUAACUGAGAUCAUGAAGGAUUAAAGAAAUUGAAACCGUGAUUAAGACAUGAAAUACUUAAGAAAUUCCCAGAAAAUUGAAGAUCAGGUGAGGGAUGGGUAUAAACGAUGAGAAGAACAGAAGUCUUUCUUCAUUGAUGGCUUAAGACUUGAUUCAUCUAUUCAUCUGAGCUGAAGUAACAUGACAGAGACACAAAUGACACUUGCUUUGGCUUCCAUUCUUGGAUUUACAAACUUCUAAACAUUCAGCAUGAAGAUCUUUGUUGAUUGCCAGUCUCAUCUCCGUUGACUUUCUAGGAACCUAUGGUACGUCCCGUCCAUUUUGACCCAAAGUGUUUAUAGUUUUAUGAAGCUUUUCUAUAUUUCAUCAGCUUUGAAAAGCAUGUUAUGACCGUUUUGAGAGACAUUUUGAGUGUGAUUUUCCUCCCUGAUACCUGUCUGAUUCUCGUUAUUUUCUCUCUCUCUUAAAUUCUCCGCUCAUCUCAAGUGAACUUUCAUUUUGCUGCGUGCAUCAUCAAUUUCUAUUUGUUUUCUCCUUUCUUCCUUCUGACGCUAUUCCUGUGCACUAAGUUUCUCAUACACAACUGCCCACAUCUUUUCCUCGAUUCUCUUCCUCCCCUCACAUUUGUUAAGUCCAUCCGUAGGUGGAACUGUGCACAGUGCUUCAUUUACAGUCUUGUGCAUUUUCGAUCCUGCAACGUCAGUUUUAACAGCAUCUUUGCACAAUGUUGGAACGUUUGUCUCGGAGGAACCGUUCCUUCUUGUCUCUCUCGCUGACCUCGCUUGCCCUGGCGCUCUCCGUCUUGGCCUUCUGCACCUCUUACUGGUGCGUGGGAACGCACAAAGUGGUCAAACCUCUUUGUCUGUCACCUGUCAAAAUGAAGAACUGCGGACAGAACAACAGCCAGCCAUACACAACCGAGGCCCCAACCCUUGAUCCGAAAGAAGAUUCAAAUGUGACGAUGUCCCCCAAGCAGAAAGAAGAACUGGCCCGUAUAAGAGCCAAAAAUCUGGCAAAUGCUGUUCACUACAUCUGGGAGACGGGAGAGGACAAAUACAUGCUGCGUUAUUUCCACACUGGGUUUUGGCUUUCCUGUGAAAAGCACAAUGAUGGAAAAGAAGAGAAAUGCCGGAGCUUCAUCGAGCUGACCCCUGGAGAAACACAAGGAGUUCUGUGGCUCUCUGUGAUAUCAGAGUUUGCGUACAUCAGCCUGCUGGCGAUGGGCUUCUUAAUGAUGUGGGUGGAAUUGCUGCUUCUGUGUCUGAAUAAAGAGAUGUAUGCGCUCAAGAUCAACGCCUUUGCUGCCAUUUGUACCGUCCUAUCCGGCAUGAUGGGAAUGGUGGCGCAUAUGAUGUAUACAACCGUGUUCCAGAUGACUGUGAGCAUCGGGCCUAAAGACUGGCGGCCUCAGACAUGGGACUAUGGUUGGUCGUUUGCGAUGGCGUGGAUCUCCUUCAGUUGCUGCAUGGCGGCGGCUGUAUUCACCCUGAACUCUUACACCAAGACCCUGAUCGAGAUGAAGCACCGUGCCCGCAUCCGCCUGGAGGAGGCCCAGGCCGCCAGCCACGCCCCACCAUACGAUGAGGUCAUCACGGCGGGUGGCGGGAGCCUCUAUUCCGUCAGCCGAUUGGUUCAGCAUUGCCACAAGGGCACGCUCAUGGACACCAUGUGGCCCCUCAGAGAGCAAGUGCCUGACGGGCCUAUACCAGCUUCGAAUCCCCAUGGACUGGUACUGGUGGGGGGGUGUGGAACGGAGGGGUGUGGAACGGAGGGGUGCGAGGACUGUGAGAGAGAACUGGAUGACAUGGAAGACAUGUUGGAGACGGAUGAGAGAGGAGGGGCGGAUGAAAUGUGCUAA